CGGCUUUAACUCCUUGCUAUUCCUCCGCCGAGCAUACUUCUCUUCCCCUUUGACCUCGGAACGAAGGGGGCGGGGCCUCCAGAGGCGGAAGUCGCGGUGCAUUAUGGGCUUGGCCAAGCCGGGGAGUUGAGCCUGAAUGAAAGUGGCGCGCCGCUUACGUUACCCGGAUCGGAGCAGCUGGAAUUCGCGUCUCGAUUGGGAUUCAGGUGUCUCGGACCUCCGGUGUCUCGGACCACCUGCGGAGAGGCUGCGGCAAAGGCUCGGCGAGCGUUGGUGAAGGGGGCGGCUCUGCGUGGCCCCCCAAGACAUGGCUCACAACAAGAUCCCGCCGCGGUGGCUGAACUGUCCGCGGCGCGGCCAGCCGGUGGCAGGAAGAUUCUUACCUCUGAAGACAAUGUUAGGACCAAGAUAUGAUAGUCAAGUUGCUGAAGAAAAUCGGUUCCAUCCCAGUAUGCUCUCGAAUUAUCUGAAGAGUCUAAAGGUUAAAAUGGGCUUGUUGGUAGACUUGACCAAUACUUCAAGGUUCUAUGACAGAAAUGACAUAGAAAAAGAAGGAAUCAAAUAUAUAAAACUUCAGUGUAAAGGACAUGGUGAAUGCCCUACAACUGAGAAUACUGAAGCAUUUAUUCGUCUGUGUGAGCGGUUUAAUGAAAGAAAUCCACCUGAACUUAUAGGUGUUCACUGUACCCAUGGUUUUAAUCGCACUGGUUUCCUCAUAUGUGCCUUUUUGGUGGAGAAAAUGGAUUGGAGUAUUGAAGCAGCAGUUGCUACUUUUGCCCAAGCCAGACCACCAGGAAUCUAUAAGGGUGAUUAUUUGAAGGAGCUUUUUCGUCGCUAUGGUGAUAUAGAAGAAGCACCACCCCCACCUCUAUUACCAGAUUGGUGUUUUGAGGAUGAUGAAGAUGAAGAUGAGGAUGAGGAUGGAAAAAAGGAAUCAGAACCCGGGUCAAGUGCUUCCUUUGGCAAAAGGAGAAAAGAAAGGUUAAAACUGGGUGCUAUUUUCUUGGAAGGUGUAACUGUUAAAGGUGUAACUCAAGUAACAACUCAACCAAAGUUAGGAGAGGUACAGCAGAAGUGUCAUCAGUUCUGUGGCUGGGAAGGGUCUGGAUUCCCUGGAGCACAGCCUGUUUCUAUGGACAAACAAAAUAUUAAACUUUUAGAGCAGAAGCCAUAUAAAGUAAGCUGGAAAGCAGAUGGUACUCGGUACAUGAUGUUGAUUGAUGGCACAAAUGAAGUUUUUAUGAUUGAUAGGGACAAUUCAGUGUUUCAUGUUUCAAAUCUCGAAUUUCCAUAUCGUAAAGAUCUCCGGAUGCAUUUAUCAAAUACACUCUUAGAUGGGGAAAUGAUUAUUGACAGAGUAAAUGGACAGGCUGUUCCUAGAUAUUUGAUAUAUGACAUAAUUAAAUUCAAUGCACAGCCAGUUGGAGAUUGUGAUUUUAAUGUUCGUCUGCAGUGUAUAGAAAGAGAAAUUAUAAAUCCUCGACAUGAAAAAAUGAAGACUGGACUCAUUGACAAAACACAGGAGCCAUUUAGUGUCAGAAAUAAGCCAUUUUUUGACAUCUGUACAUCAAGAAAGCUACUUGAAGGAAAUUUUGCCAAAGAAGUCAGCCAUGAAAUGGAUGGACUUAUUUUUCAACCUACUGGAAAAUAUAAACCUGGUCGAUGUGAUGAUAUUUUGAAGUGGAAGCCUCCCAGUCUGAAUUCUGUGGAUUUUCGUCUAAAAAUAACAAGAAUUGGAGGAGAAGGGUUACUUCCUCAGAAUGUUGGCCUUCUGUAUGUCGGAGGUUAUGAAAGACCCUUUGCACAAAUCAAGGUGACAAAAGAGCUAAAACAGUAUGACAACAAAAUUAUAGAAUGCAAAUUUGAGAACAACAGCUGGGUCUUCAUGAGACAGAGAACUGACAAAAGUUUUCCUAAUGCCUACAACACUGCCAUGGCUGUGUGCAAUAGCAUCUCAAACCCUGUCACCAAGGAGAUGCUGUUUGAGUUCAUCGACAGAUGUGCUGCAGCUUCUCAAGGACAGAAGCGAAAGCAUCAUCUGGACCCUGACACGGAGCUCAUGCCACCACCACCUCCCAAAAGACCGCGUCCUUCAACCUAAGACCUGCCUCUCACUUCAGAGUUAAGAGGAAAAAUGAACGAGAAAAAAUGCUGUUGCCUGAUUUUUGUAGCCAGAGAAAUUCAAAAGUGAGUGUGACUUGAUGUUGAUACACAUUUGAAUUUUUUUAAGAAAAGAAAGGUAUUGUAGCCAGCCUGUAAAUACUGAUGCGUUUGUUUCCUCAGUGCUGCAAUACAUCAUGGACUUAAACAUUUUAUUUAUAUCUGAUAAACUCAGCCUUACCUUGUGGAAUCUGAAGAUUGAAAUAUCCAAAGGUUUAAACAAGAUUGAAAUCAAUGAAAAAGAGGCCUUGUUUAUAUAUGGAUAACUUUCGCAUUUAAUUUAUAAAAUUAGCAAUCUGGAACUGUGAGCACAUAAAACACUGUAUUUUUUAGAAGUUGUGUUUCAACUAUGGCAGUUUUUCCUUUUAAAAAGUUUAGGCAAUGGCAUUAAACAUUCUUGCUAUCAUUUAUCAUGGAUUUCCAACAUUUCUGAGAUUCCUGUAUUCAAAAACAAAUGACAAGUUUGUUAAGGAUUGUAAUAUAUUAAACAACUUGGUCUGGUUUAUAUCAUUUUAAGGAGGAUUUUUUUUUUUUUUUGAAAAUGUAAAAGUAAUAAAGUAAAGCUCCAUUUUUGUGAAUUGCAUCGUUCCUAAAGGACAUACUUUGAGUAUUUUCAUCUGUUUCUGUUGUUUAAAUUAUGUUAUCAGAUGUUCAAUGUGUCCAUACUGGCAGAGGUUUUGAGUUACUUCAUGGAACUUGGAUAUACACCACCAGGUUUUUUAUGUGUUGUUUUCCUGGGAGACUUUUCUUUUUUUCAAAUGCCAAGGCUACUUCUGCUUUACCUCAGUGGUAUCAGCACAUUGUAAAUUAUAUUAAAAGACACAACUCACUGUGAUCUAUGGGAAUGAUAUCAAAUACAAACAAUGUUGUGUUAGUUCCCUGAAACAAAACGGCAAAGGAAAUGCCAGCUGACUCCUUUGAUUAGAAGGUAAUGUCAAUGGAAUAGAAUGCUGUCACUAGAAAAUGCUCUCCCACUGCUAGAUAAAUGCAGAGGCAAAGCAUAGACAUUUGUAGGAACUAAACAUCAAGAAAAUCAAGACAUUUAUUUUCAAAGCCAGAAUUCUAUCUCUGUUCUAUUCUGGGGAUGUUGUUUCUGUUAGACAUCUGAAUUUUAAAAUGUUUAUUGAUAGAUAAUGGAUUUGAAGGGCAGCUAAUUGGUCAUCUGCCAUUUCUGAGAAACUAUGUCUGAUUGGUUUGUGAAGGAACUCUCAGAAUUAGCUGAUUAGAGGCUAAUGUAUUUAUUUUUAGGUAUUUGAAAUAAAUUUUCAUGAUCUGAAUUUUAUAUAUGUAGAUGCAUAUAUAUGUAAGUUUAUGCAACAGUAUAUAUUCUUCUACUGAUACAGUCAGACAUGAAAAUCCAAAUGAGUUACCUGGUAGACUGAAUAUCUGACGGGAUUUCUAUAUGACACAGCACAGAUUAACCAAAAAUGUAUUUAUAUUCACCUGAGUUUUAAAUGUUUUUAGACAAAGUUUUCUCCUACAGUGCUUUUCUAUAUAAAAUACCAGAGUCAUGCUUGGGCUUUUUUCUUUGUUGUUCCCAAGUUAUGUAAUGGAUAGUGAAUUUAUCCAAAAUGCCAUUUUGAUGUUUUUUCCUAGAGUACUUUUGUCGUUUGGGCACUAAAGGGAUUAAAACACCUGACUGCCACAAUGACUAUUGAAAGAGGGAAAAUUCUCAAGGCUCCAUAGUGUCUUUUACAAAAUGGAUCUUUAAAAAAAUGCCUAUGCAACUCCAAAUAGUCUGAUGCCUGUUUGUCCAGGACUAGUGACUCUUCACACGGUAUGUUGCUUUCCUCCGAGCAUGGGUAAAGGCAGAGCCCUUUUGCAGAUACAAAAACAAGCUUUGCCAGUGAUUUUUAAUGGAGUUAAAGUGUUUAUGGUAAUUGUAACCUUUUAAAAGAGUUAUGUGAAAAGAGCAUCUCAUUUUUAAUAUGCCCAGAUAUUUUCUCUUUGUCAUUGUGCAUUUUAGCAGGACUUAAUUUUCUUAAUUUAUCCUUUCCUUUCAAUUAUAGUGAAGUAUACUAGUUGGCCUUAUAAGUAGAUCCUGUUUAGCCCCUGAACACAUGACCAUCUGGAGUAUCAUAAAAAGUCAUUUAGAAGGCUGGGGGAGAAAUACAGAGGCAGGAUUUUGGAUAUCAGGAAGGAAAUACUUCUCUUUUCAGCUCACUUCACAAUAGCUAUUUUCCGAGGCUGAAGUUUUUUAGAUAAGAAUAAGAAAACUUUGAUUUUUUCAGUAUCACAUGUAAAAGCUUUUGCUUUUUGUUAGGAAAAGGUGUAGAUGACUCUACUUGCCUGGAUGGUUACAUUUGCUUUCCGUGAAAUGCUCAGAAAAUGUCAGGACAUUCCUUCUUUAAUUGUGUGUUAGUGCAUAUUGUAAUAAAACUGCUGAUUUAAAAUA